AUGGCACCAUCCAAUUUGCACAAACUAAGUUACUGGGAAGAAGUAUAUCAAGGAGAAAAGGAAAAUUACGACGAAUCAAACAUCGUACCGGAAGAAUGGUUUGAAGAAAAUUGUGACAAAAUAAUAAAUUGGGUGAAUAACCAUUUUAAAGAAGAAGAAAAAAAGAACGUGUCAAUACUUGACAUAGGAUGUGGAAAUGGAUUAUUCCUACACAAACUGCAUCAACGGGGCUUCAAAAAAUUAUGUGGGUUUGAUUUUUCUGAGAAUGCUAUUGAACUAGCUAAAAAGUUUCUUUCCGAAGGAGAUAAUAAUAGGAACAUUAGUAGUUGCAUUAAUAACAACAGCAAUCAUAGCAACAACCAUAGCAAUGGCUAUAGCAUUAAUGGUAGCAAUAGAUACAAUAAUGAUGAGACACAUAUCCAAGUGUUAGAUAUAUACAACAUUGAAAAAGAAAUUAAUGACAAAUCAAAAUUGAAAAAAAAAUAUGAUCUGUUAAAUGAUAAAGGCACAUUUGAUAUAUUUUUUAUGAAUAAUAAACCGUAUGAAUACUUUAAACACGUUUCUUUUUUUUUUCAAGUUAAUACUCUUUUUUGCUUAACCUCGUGUAAUGCAUGCAAGGAAGAAUUAUUAAAUAUUGUUAAAAAAUUUAAUGAGACGAAUACAAAAUUUGAGUUGUCUUUAUAUGAUGAAAUUUGUUAUAAAACAAUAACCUUUGGAGGCAUAACUGGACAGAUUAUUACUACAUUAAUUUUUUUAUGCUCUUAA